GGAUAAACUGUGAGCCUUCUAUAUAUAGAUGGCGGGGGUCUGUGUUUUGCUCAAACCCAAAUAGAAAAUCCAAAACCAUUAUCACCCAAACCUCACCCACCAAGUAUAACACAACUGCUUCUUUAUUUCAUUGAUCAAAUGGAAACACACCCAACUGAAAUGAGUCAAGGGGAGAACUACUAUGAGAAGGAUCUUAAGCACCUUACAUCAACCAUCGCUGGAAAAAUCAGUGAAGGUGCCGAGAAAGCUGAAUACUUCUUCUCCUCAGCUUGCAUUUUCAGGGUGCCCGAAGAUCUUCGGAAGCUGAACGAAAGAGCCUACACCCCUCGCCUCAUCGCUAUUGGCCCUCUUCACCGAGAAGACGAACACCUCCAAACACCCUUGCAACACGUCAAACUGAGCUACACGAAUUACCUACUCUCUCGGUUGACCGCAGGAAUGAAGUACCCGCAAGAAUUAGUAGAACAGACAAAGUUAAGGGUGCUACAGGAAUGUUUAGCGGAAAUGAAGACAUCGUUAGACAAUGCAAAGAAAUACUACGCAGAAGAAGUUACGCUGGAUGAGGAAAUGAUGUUGGUCGAUGGUUGUUUCAUCCUCGAAUUUCUCUACAGAUGUCGUACCCUUGAGGUACCAGAAAGUGAUCCUAUUUUUUGUAACAGUAUGACCUUCUACAAAGUGCAAAACGACUUGGUACUACUGGAGAACCAGAUUCCUUUCUUUGUACUUGAGAAAUUGUUUCGGCUCACUGUGGAUUGGAUCCCUAAUCAUCGCGAUGAGAAUUGGUCACUUACCGAUUAUGUGCGGAACUGCUAUCGCUUCUGGAUGGCGCCGAGACGAAAUUCCAACAACAGUGGCAGCACCAAAAGUACUUGGUGUUCGGUUAGUGACGGUGUCCUUAUGGUUCUUGGUUCUACAACAGCAGUAGCAGCAGAAGAAGAAGAAGAAGAAGUAGUAGUAGUUCAAACUGCUGCUAAGUACUAUCAUAUCCUCCAUAACCUACAUGAUGGUUACAUUCCACCUCUUGAUCAAACAAACAGGGAAAAAACUAGUGAAAUAGUUGUCAUGCCUUCCGCAUCAGAACUCGCCUAUGCAGGAGUCAAGUUUGUUCCCGAUGCAUUAGGAAACACUCUGUUCAAUAUCAAGUUCAUUGAACCUAAAGGCCUAUUUUGGUGGUGUCGUAGGGCUUGUUUCAUAAUCCCACCGCUUGUGAUAGAAGACAGCACGGAGUCAUACCUCAGGAACCUCAUUGCCCUUGAACAGUGCUGCCCUGGCAUUUUGCAGCACGUUUCGUCCUAUGCAUGGCUCAUGGACAUACUCGUCAACUCUGAUAAAGAUAUCCAAGUGCUCGAAAAGGCCGGAGUCGUGAUUAACUAUUUGGGUACCAGCGAGGCCAGCGCUCUAUUGAGCAAGCUGUGCAAGCAAUGUUAUAUAGGAAAUUACUUCCUUGACACGGGCAUCAAAGCCACACAGUAUAGCAAGCGUUUUUGGCCGAAGAAUUUGGCACUCUUGGCAAGCACGUAUUUUAAUUCUCCGUGGACGUUCAUAGCUUUCUGUGUCGGCUUCAUUGCUUUUGUCAUAUCCUUGGUUCAAUUCGCCCGCGAUUUUGGUAAAAAUGGUGAAUGUAGCUGUUCCGGGGACCCUUAAAAAAACCUCUAAAAAACCCCCCAAGUUCCCGAUUGAAUUUUGAUGAUCCGAGCCGCUCAAUAUAAUCAGAAUGUGAUUUUAAGGGUACAUGUAAGAAAUCAGCAAAAAAAAUGA